AUGCCCUCAAAAGCCUAUAAGCGAGUCACGCGGUCAUUUUCAAACGAACUCGUCGAAAAGUUACUUGAUAUGGGAAUUCGUCCAAGAGAUUACACUAUGAAUAGCGCCUCCCGGUACCACGGAAGAACAUGCGACAAAGAAGCCGACGAGUCUCUUACUCCGUUAGGGAAUCCUUCUGAAGAUAACGACUGGCCUUCGCUCGUUAUUGAAACUAGUCUUUCUGAAUCAGAAGCACAACUACGAGCCGACGCAUAUUGGUGGUUCGCAAAUUCCGACUACAAAGUCAAUAUGGUUAUACUCUUUCGCAUCCAAAGAUCGCCCGAGCGCAGAGUUACCAUAAAACACUACAGUCUCAGACUAACCACCCCUAGAAUCACUCGUGGACUACAGGCGGAGGCCCAGCGCACUCUGCUAUCUCAAACAGACUCCCCAAUAGUGCUGCGUCAUUCAGCGGUCCAUGAGAUCGUUAUUACCUCAAGCGAUGUUGAGAACGCUCCGCUAGAACUAGAUUUCGAAUCCGUCAUGCGCCGCCGGCCGGCCCCUAACACAAGGGAAAGAAAUAUCACAUUCACGGCUGAGGAUCUUACUGAGUGCUGUCGCCAUGUCUUUCUGGAAGCCUGA